AUAAAAAUUAGCAUACCGAUCAUAUCACAGUCGACAACAUGGCUACCGACAUGGCAGACAGCGCCAGUGCCAGUGAGAUAGAAAGUGACACGGAUAGUACCAAGAUGUCUAUUCCAAUUCCUCGACGGGAGGAGCUCUUCAAUAGAAUCGCCAGUUUGGAGCAGGAAAAUAAGGUUUUGAAGAUGGAAUUAGAGACGUACAAGAUGAAAUGCAAGUCUUUGGUGGCCGAAAAUCGAGAACUUCGGAAGGCGAGCGUCAACAUCCAAGCACAAGCAGAACAAGAGGAGGAAUUCAUUAGCAACACGUUGAUGAAAAAGAUCCAUUCACUGAAGAAAGAGAAAGAGAAACUGGCUGUUAAUUAUGAACAGGAAGAAGAGUAUCUCACCAAUGAUUUGUCAAGGAAAUUAACCCAGUUGAGACAUGAAAAGCUUCAGCUGGAGAGAACGUUGGAACAGGAACAAGAGUAUCAGGUCAACAAACUCAUGAGGAAGAUAGAAAGAUUGGAAAACGAUACGGGAGGAAAGCAACGAAAACUAGAAGAGCUGAAAAGAGAAAAGAUUGACCUGGAGAAUGCUUUAGAACAAGAACAAGAAGCCCUUGUCAAUAGGUUGUGGAAGAGAAUGGAGAAACUAGAAGCUGAAAAGAGAAAUCUACAGGAAAAGUUGGACGAGCCCGUGUCAGCACCGCCAUCCCCUCGUGAGAUCAAGAAUGGCGAGACAACGGAAACGCUCUCCCGCUAUGUGGAACAGCUCAGGAACGAGGUCCGCAAGCUCAAGAACCAGCUCCUUUCUACGCAGAUGGAACACCAAGAGAGAAUUGUCCAUAUUCAGCAGGACGAGAGGGAGGUCCGUGAGGAGAACAUCCGUCUCCAGCGCAAGCUCCUCCUGGAGCAGGAGAGGAGAGAAGCCCUAAGCAGACACCUGUCAGAAAGUGAGUCAAGUCUGGAGAUGGAUGACGAGAGGCAGUUCAACGAGAUGGCUCAAGGACUCAGACCAAGGACGAUAUCAUCACCGAUCCCUUACUCACCAAACCCAGCCAGGCCUAUCUCCCCUGCGUACCCGGCCUUGACUCCCCCGUCCCCAGCCACCCGGGGUGCCUCAUUCGCCAGCUCGACGGCCAGUCACCCAUCACCUAUUAGUCCUUUUGGCACUUCACCACCAGUGGGACCAGCACCACUCAACCCUCAUAUGAGAAUGAGGCCGCAAGGUCCUUCACCAUCCGGCCACCAUGACCGCUUCGUAAAGCCAACCAACCCAACCUACACCAGCACGCCGACCAGCAACUCGUAGUCGCCGCUUCAAAUGUCUGCACUUGAGUUCGUAACAAGAGGAGGUGAUGUCAUCCAACCCAUGUAUGCCUUUUGCACCUAUGUGUAUUUAUCCUGAUUGGCUCUGUAUGAACAUUCGAUGCACCGUCGGGCUUGGCAUCACCAAGGAUUAAUUCGUAGCUGUACGGGAUCAGUGGAAUAGCAGCACCGAGUUGCCAAUUUGAGGAUUACGGUGAAGGCAUUGAAUAAGUUUGCAGUUGAGAUUCAUUGCACAAUGCAGACCGUACCAUCAGCUGUAUCUGGCAUGUAUAUUCAUAACCUUUCGUAAGUGCGUCGAGGCACUUCUUUUUAGAUAAGAAAUAUCACUAAUGCAUGUGAUUCUACUAUGAUGUCAUUACUCUUCUCAAAGGGAAAUCCCCCUAAUGAUUUAGGGGAUUUCCCCCAUGUCUCUGUGAUGUAUAUUGUGAUCUGUGUACAGUUGCAGACACCUUUCUCCAUAUCUCAUCAAACUUAGGGUUAGUGCAUUUUUGUAUUAAGGUCUAGUAUCGAUUAUCUCUCACAUUGUAUGAUUUUACCCAGUUUUAUUCAUCAUUUUAUGUUUGCACACGGUCGGAAAAAGAGAAAGAUGAUUGGAAGUCCUUUUCAUGAUUGUGUAGCAAAGUGAGAGGAAAGGUUUUUUGAAAGCGAAAGAAAUAUUUCACAGGAGUGACAAUGCAGAAGCACCAUGGUGUAGUGGUUCUGUCUCUCGCCUUUACUCAUGGGUUCAAAUCCCACUCCAGGCGUUAUUUUUCUUCAGCAAGAAACUUAUCCGUAUUGGCUGCACUCAACCCUGGUGAGGUGAAUGUGUACCUGGUAGGAUUUACUCCUUGUAUGCUUCAGCACCUAUAUGGCAGCUCAGCCACAGCCUGGUAUAAUAUGAUACCAAGAAUUAAAGCACAGAGAAUAUGGAUAUUUCAGCUGCGCUAUAUAGAUGGACUUAUAAGAGCAGCAGAUUAUAUUAUUGAUGCAGUAGAGUGUAUGAAGUAUGGCAUAGUCAACAAAGCAUUGAAUAUGUAUCAGGAUAGGAAAUGGUUUCAAUGAGAAGAUAUUUUUGUAUUGGUUGAAUUUGUUUUAUAUAUCAGAGAAUGUGUAAUGUAUGAUAAAUAUACAUACUUGGUUGUGUGAACGUUAAUGUAUAAUCAGGAACUGUAUAUCUCUCCAUUGUCGUUCUUUUCUAUCAUGCCAUUUUUUUUUUCACCCGCCUUCCCUUUCCCUCUUUCUUAAAAUCUCUUCCUCAUCCUCUAAUUCACUGUAUCUUUCUGUCCUACCACCUCUCCCAUUCCCCCUCUUUCAAUAAUGGAAGCAGUUUUUGGAUGACACAAAACCAACAUAUGAAGAGUUUGAAGGUAGUGUGAACUCGAAAGAGAGUUUAGAUCCUACAUCAGCAUCCCGUGUCCUGAAGACUUCUUUUAACAGAUACACAAAUUCUACAUGCCUACAUACUAUCAGCAAAUGAUUUCAUUAACUUUAACCUGUCAGUACAGAUUUAUUUCAACAAAUGGGCCCCAGAUUUCAACCAAUUUCAAAAUGAAAAGAAAACUCUUCACCCUUUAUGUAUUAAUCAUUACUAAUAAAACAUGAAUCCAUCAAUGUUCCUAUGAGAAUGUUAUGUACAUGUAUAAAUACCUGAUAUGUACCGGUACUAUGCUAGUAAUUUCAUGUUUUAUCCUCAACUGUUGGCAUAUAUAUAUAUACUCACAGAAAUUCUAACAUCUUGUGAAAUUAUACAGGCACAAACUGUCCCACCUAGUAGAAAACAAGGCAAAAAAUUGUAUGCUAUCUGUAUGGUAUAUACAGUAAUUUUACUCACACAUCAUGAGCUUGAAAGUAGAACAGAUUUGAAAUACAAUUUAUUUGAA